AUGUCCGCCUUCGCAGAUGGGACGGCAGGCCAACGCGCUCGUGGUGGCGGAAAGCGCAACGGCGGCAGGGCUGCCGCGGCCAAGGGCGGUCCCUUGGGCAGGCAGUCGCAGGAUGCGGAUGGGGGCGACGAGGGGGAUCAUGCCGAGCCGGUCACUACCCGUGGUGGCGGAAAGCGCAACGGCGGCAGGGCUGCCGCGGCUAAGGCCGAUCCCUCGGGCAGGCCGGCGCAAUAUGCGGAUGGAGGCGACGAGGGGGAUCAUGCCGAGCCGGAAGCUCGUGGUGGCGGAAAGCGCAACGGCGGCAGGGCUGCCGCGGCCAAAGGCGGUCCCUCGGGCUUGCAGGAUGCGGAUGGGGGCGACGAGGGGGAUCAUGUUGAGCCGGUCACUACCUGUGGUGGCGGAAAGCGCAACGGCGGCAGGGCUGCCGCGGCUAAGGCUGAUCCCUCGGGCAGGCCGGCGCAGGAUGCGGAUGGAGGCGACGAUGGGGAUCAUGCCGAGCCGGAUCAUGCCGAGCCGGAAGCUCGUGGUGGCGGAAAGCGCACCGGCGGCAGGGCUGCCGCGACCAAGGGCGGUCCCUCGGGCUCGCAGGAUGCGGAUGGUGGCGACGAGAAGGAUCAUCCCGAGCCAGAAGCUCGUGGUGGCGGCAUGCGCAACGGUGGCAGGGCUGCCGCGGCUAAGGGCCGUCCCUCGGGCAGGCAGUCGCAGGAUGCGGAUGGUGGCGACGAGAAGGAUCAUGCUGAGCCGGAAGCUCGUGGUGGCGGCAUGCGCAAUGGCGGCAGGGCUGCCGCGGCUAAGGCCGAUCCCUCGGGCAGGCCGUCGCAAGAUGCGGAUGGAGGCGACGAGGGGGAUCAUGCCGAGCCGGAAGCUCGUGGUGGCGGCAUGCGCAACGGCGGCAAGGCUGCCGCGGCUAAGGGCGGUCCCUCGGGCAGGCAGUCGCAGGAUGCGGAUGGUGGCGACGAGAAGGAUCAUGCCGAGCCGGAAGCUCGUGGUGGCGGCAUGCGCAAUGGCGGCAGGGCUGCCGCGGCUAAGGCCGAUCCGUCGGGCAGGCCGUCGCAAGAUGCGGAUGGAGGCGACGAGGGGGAUCAUGCCGAGCCGGAAGCUCGUGGUGGCGGCAUGCGCAACGGCGUUAGGGCUGCCGCGGCCAAGGGCGGUCCCUCGGGCUCGCAGGAUGCGGAUGGUGGCGACGAGAAGGAUCAUGGUGGCUUCAAGUGGGGCGACCGUGGCCUGUAUACGGAUGACGAGGAGGAUGACGAGGAUCAGGAGGAGGACGAGGAGGAGGAGGAGGAGGAGGAGGAGGAGGAGGAGGAGGAGGAGGAGGAGGAGGAUGAGGAGGAGGAGGAACAGUGGGGGCAGGAACGGAGGAAGAGCAAAAGGCACAAGAGAUGCAAAAGCAGGGGAGGCAAGAGGGAUGAGCAAGAGGAUGAGGAGGAGGAAGAGGAGGAGGAUGUGAAACGGGGGGGGCGGGAGAUUAGGAAGGGCAGAAGGCAGAAGAGAGGGAAACUCAGGGGAGGCAGGGGGGAAGAGGAAGAGGGUGGGGAGGAGGAGGAGGGGGAGCAGGAGGAUGAAAAUCAUAGGGGGCAAGAGAGGAGGAAGGGCAGAAAGCACAAAAGAGGCAGAGGCAAGGGAAGCAGGAGGGAAGAGGAAGAAGAGGAAGAAGUGGAAGAGGAGGAAGAGGAUGAGCAUGAGGAUGAGAAGGGGGGGGACCAGGAGCGAAGGAGGGGCAAAAGACACAAGAGUGGCAAACGCCGGGGAGGCAAGAGGGUGAAGCGAUGGGGCGACUAA